UAUCGCAAUCAGUGAUCACUACCUGCCUGACUCCGUACGGUUCUGUAUAUGUAGGAUGUGCUGGGUACUAUUCAAAGACACUGCCCGGAUUACCUCGAAAGUACGGAUAUUUGCACAAAUACAUCAUUCAGGGGUGGGUUUAUACGCUCGAACCCCUCCUUCACCUGGACCGUGCUUUUAGCCUCUGUUCCACCUUGCUUUGUCCCAAUUUAACGUACAGGCACCCACCAACGAGGGCUUCACUCCAGGCGCCUCCUUAUGCUGCACACUAAGAAUUCGGCCGUCUUGCGCCUGGCGUUCUAAGCUUGAGCUCUACCACACAUGUUCCCCAGCUUGAGCUCUCAUCGUCAUGUCACCCUCGCCCCCUUCAACCCCUCCUCCGAACCACGUUAGCGUCCUGGAGCAGACGGUGUCGCUCCUCAGCAGCGUCGCAGGCUACAUGCGCCUGCCGGCCAUUGCCUCAACUGGUAUCGCCGUUCUCCUCACCACUGUCCUCUACUUCAAGCAGAAAGCCCUGAUCUACCCUUCACAUAUGCCACCGAACUCCCGAACCGAGGUCCCCCGCCCAAGUCAGUUCCAGAUCAAAGAUUACGAGGAGCUCAUCAUCCCUACCAAUGACGGCGCGAAACUGUCGGCCUUUUACAUCCGGGGCCCCCGCACCCGGAGCGGACGUGCCAAUGUCACGGUGCUCAUGUUCCAUGGCAACGCGGGCAAUAUCGGCCAUCGGCUUCCCAUUGCCCGCAUGCUGAUAAGCUACACGGGCUGCAACGUCUUCAUGCUCGAGUAUCGCGGUUACGGCCUCUCAACAGGCGAGCCGGACGAGAACGGCCUGAUGGUGGAUGCCCAGACGGCGCUCGAUUAUCUUCGAGACCGGGCCGAGACCCGGGACCACAAACUCAUCAUCUACGGCCAGAGUCUGGGCGGUGCGGUCAGCAUCAAGCUCGUGGCCAAACACCAGAAGGCCGACGAUAUCUCAGGCCUGAUCCUCGAGAACACCUUCCUAAGCAUGAGGAAGCUGAUUCCUAGCAUAAUUCCGCCUGCCAAAUACUUCACCUUGCUAUGUCACCAGGUCUGGCCGAGCGACACAUAUAUACCCCAGAUCAAAAAGGUUCCCAUCCUGUUCCUCAGCGGACUACGCGAUGAGAUUGUCCCACCAACUCAUAUGCGGCAACUAUAUGAGCUUUCGACGGCGCCAACCAAAAUCUGGAAACCCCUUCCCAGCGGCGACCACAACUCGAGCGUCCUGGAAGAGGGGUACUUCGAGGCCAUCGCAGACUUCAUCGCCCAAGUCACCAGCGACUGAAGGGUGGAUGAUUUAAAGAAGCAGACGUCAUCAUGAGCUUAGGAGGAACGGCUUCUUCUUCUUCUCCUUCCAUCUUCUUUCCUCCUCCUCCUUUUUGCCCGCGAAGGUCGCGAUUCGCCUAUCUCUACGGCUUUACCCGGGUCACAGGGGAAGCAAGGGCGGACUAGCGGGUUACUUGAAGGCCGCUACCACCUGCUAUGUACAUACCUUAUUCUAUUCUACAAUUUGAUACCCACCCCCCCUUUGCGGAGCUGAAUUAGGUAGGACGGUAAUAUGCAAUAACCUUAUUU